AUGCCCAAAGCUCAGAAGCAGAAGCGCAACAGCGCGCACGCGGACGCCGCCGCAAAGACCAAGGCCGCCCACAGUAUCUUCAAGAUGAACACAGAUAUCGGCCAGCACGUCUUGAAGAACCCCGGUAUUGCUGAGCAAAUUGUUCACAAGGCCGAUCUUAAGCAGAGUGAUAUUGUCCUCGAAAUUGGUCCUGGUACUGGUAACUUGACAGCAAAGAUCCUGGAGAAGGCCAAAAAGGUCAUCGCGGUGGAGUUGGAUCCUCGAAUGGCCGCUGAAGUCACCAAGCGUUUCCAGGGUACCCCAGCACAGAAGCGCCUGGAGGUAAUCCUCGGCGAUGUGAUGAAGACGGAGCUGCCGUAUUUCGAUGUCUGCAUCAGUAACACUCCCUACCAGAUCUCUUCCCCUCUCACAUUCAAGCUACUUGCCACAACACCCGCGCCUCGUACUUGCGUUCUUAUGUUCCAGCGUGAGUUCGCCCUGCGUCUAUUCGCGAAGCCUGGCGACAAGCUCUAUAGUCGACUGUCUGUCAAUGCCCAAAUGUGGGCCAAGAUCGAUCACAUCAUGAAGGUUGGCAAGAACAACUUCAAGCCCCCACCAUUGGUCGAGUCCAGCGUCAUCCGCAUGGUGCCUAAGGUCCCGAGGCCACAGAUCAACUAUGAGGAAUGGGACGGACUGCUGCGCAUUGCGUUCGUGCGGAAGAACAAGACACUGCGGGCCAGUUUCAUCGGCACACCUACCAUCAUGAACAUGCUCGAGCAGAACUACCGCACUUGGUGCGCCCAGAACGAUAUCCCCGUGGAAGAUGGCCCGGUCGAAGACGCCGACGGCGAUGCGAUGGAUAUGGGCCAGGAACAGCAAGACGAGGAGGAGCCUGUUGAUGAGGUCAUGGAUAUGGACGACGACGACGUCCCCGAUUUCUUCAAAGAAGAGGCCAACGCGCGUAUCCAACAAGCACUCAAGAGCCAUCCCCAGCGCAAGAAGCGAGGAAAGGUUUCAGAGUUGGUCCGCGAGAAGGUGCGCCAGGUCCUGGAGGAUGAGACCGGCCUGGCCGACAAGCGCGCACGAAUGUGUGACGAGAAUGAGUUCUUGAAGAUGCUGUGGGCUUUCAACCAGAAAGGGAUCCACUUCAAUUGA